AGGCAGAGGAGAGAAAUAAUUUUCCUUCAAAGUUGUAGCAACUGGAAGUCUGAUUUGGAGUUAACGGACCCGCAGGCCGCUGCGUAAAGGUGGUGCGUGCUUAACUGGAGGCGUAAAGUUUGACCAUAGGCAGAGAUAAGAGAACCAAAGUAAACUCGAGUGCAAGGUUAAACUUACUUUACAAAGAAAGAACUUUUGCGAGUCUAAAGUCAACUGAAGAUGGCAGAAGGUGACUUUUACACGAUGGGAAACCGGCAGCGGUUUCCUAGAGACCCGUUUGGAGAAUCGCCGUUCCGGGAUCAGUCGCCGUUCCGGGAUCAGCUCGCAUCCCGGUUCAUGGAGGAUGAAUUCGGGAUGCCGCCUUUCCCCGACGACCUCGGGAUGGACUGGCCCGGUUGGGCUCGGCCCGGCCGGCUGAGCACGCGCCUCGGCCCGUCGCCCUUUGGCGGCGGUUUACGCACAGGGUUCCCCACGCGUCAUUCCACGGGAGGCCCCGCACUUUACACCACCAGGUACGGCGAGCCGUCCCCACGCAGCUCCCCCACGACCACAGGUGGCGAGCCCUGGAAGGUGUGCGUGAACGUCCACAGCUUCAAGCCAGAGGAGUUAAACGUUAAGACCAGAGACGGUUUUGUAGAGGUCUCAGGAAAACAUGAAGAGAAACAGGAGGAAGGAGGGAUUGUGACAAAGAAUUUCACAAAGAAGAUACAGAUCCCCACCGAUGUGGACCCCCUGACAGUCUUCGCUUCCUUGUCGCCUGAGGGUGUCCUCAUCAUCGAGGCUCGGCAGACUCCACCGUACUACCUCUUUAGCAGCGAAGACUCCACAGGAGGGGAAAUUCAGGAAGUCGAGGCUCCUAAACCCCAAGAGACCCCAGCAGUCUAAACUGGCACCCCCCUGAAACAUGAUCACAUAAAUCUGCACAAUCAGUUAUGAGUUUGAAAUGAAAACUGCUCACUGAGCUAUCAUCUUAUUUAAACACCUAGAAACGAAAAUAUGAAAUAUAUUAGGGCAGGGAAGUCCCAUUGGAUGUCUGUGUUAAUAUUUCAUAAAACAGUACUGUCAUACAACAAAAAGCUCUUCCUAACAGGCAUGUUAUAGUAAUACAUUCUGGGGGGGUUUUCAGCCUCGAGUACAACUAAGACUAUCAAAUCAUGUAACAUUUAUUUUCCUUAUGAAAAUAUUUAAUUGCAUCAUCAAUAAGUCACAAUUGAGACAUUUAUUUUGUAACACCUAUGCAAAAUCCAAAUAAGUAGAAAGAUAAAGAAAAUUGGUUGACUUUUUUUAUUUCUUUAUGUACACAAUAAAUAUUUUCAAUAAAUAGUUUAGAAUUUAUUUUAUAUCUGCUUUAUAUUUGAAGAAUUUGUCCUUUAUAAUAAGAUAUAAAUGAAUUGUAGAAAAAAACAUUAGUGAUGUGAUUUAAUUACGCUGUGUGCAUUGAGCAAUACCAACAAUUUCUAAAAAGUGACACUUUUCUCUGCAUAUUGUUUUUCUAUAAGCAGUAUACCAAUGGUGCCACUCUGUCAGGGGCGCCCAUUGAUCAGUAGUAUUCAAAAGAUAAAAGAAAAGAAAAAAGUCAGACUCAUCAUAUCUGACAUGGACUAAUCAAUAUUGGUUGUAGGUUGAUUAGAAACAUUCUAAGGUUUAUGAAACUUUUUGUUAAGUCUGAAAACACAAAGAGACAUUUUGUAUCGGCAAGACCAAAAACCCCAAGGAUACCCAAUAUACAGCUUGUUCAACUUUGUUCUGAUUUGUUUUAACUCGAUUACAUAUUAAGUUUAAUUGAUUUUUCUUAUCUCAAUCUUGUAAAAUCCCAUAUUAAUCAGGUAAUAUAUUAAUGUAUUUUAAUGUCUACAUUAAUGCAUUAAUGUAUUUAAAUUGUGUCAUAUAACAUUUAUACGUUUACACAUCUUUAGUAGAUUUUUUCCUCCCUAUUAGGUACCACAGGCCUUCCUUACAUAAUCAGGCAUAAUCAGGUGUUAUAAUAUGGCCAUUUACUAAUGUUGCUGUUUACAAAUGCGAACUGCAGGGGGUGUUAAAAUCAGGUUGUAAGUUAACAAUUUGCGUGUGACGCUUGGUGCAUUAGAAAUCCUUGAGUAGAAAGUUAAUUCAUCCAUUUUAACAUGGAACUGUUAGUGAAGCAAGGAAUAAUUGCGCCUUAAUGUCUUUAUCAUAAAGUGGACUUCAUCUUUGUAUGCAUUAAUACUGUGUUGUAUAUAUACAUUUUAAUUGGUGCAAAAUUGUUUGAUGUAUUAAUUUGAAGUGAGCAUUUUUCUGUUUAUGAUUGUGUGAUUGCUUGAUGAACAAUUGACUUAUUUGUGAAAAACAGUUUGUUUUCUGCAAUCCUCCCUGUUAAUGUCUUUUUACUGAGAAAUGCAAUUAAAGUAUCCAUCCUA